AUGAUCAUUGGGUUUGCAGCGCAUGUUUGUUGUCUGGCAUGUGCGAUCGAGAUCGAUCAUCGCAGCAUCUACCUGUUCGGACACCUGUUCGACCUCCUGCGUCCCAACCAGAAGGUGCGCGCAACCAUGAACGACCGAGCCAUGAUGUGCGCCGCAAUGCUGACGCUGCUCUUGGAAAGGUAUGGAGCCUCCGGCCUGUUGGACGUCCAUUUCGAACACCGCUGCACCGGCGUCGACCUCGAGCGCCGCCGCGCGCGCUUCGCCGGCUCGCCCGACUUCCGGUGCCACUUUAGCGGACAAAACGGAACGGCAACCGGAAACCGAAGCGGAGAGUCGAAGGGGAACGGAAAGGCAAACGGAACGGGAGUUAAAAAUCAAGGCGGCCAGAACGGGACGGAGAACGGAGAUGCAAACGGAUUGUCGAAGGGGAACGGAAGGCGAAGUGGAACGGGAGACGAAGGAAGAAUAAGGAACGGAUCUCGGAACGGAAAGCGGGAUCAACGGAACUUAAGCGAACCGUCUGCGGGAGCGGAUGCAAUUCACACCGCACCGGCGGGAGCGGAGCCGGUUCACAUUGAGAAGGAGUAA